CUCCCCCAGCGCGCUCUUUCUGCUCGACAGCAAGUUUGCUACGUGACUUUGGCUGGAGCCGAGUGCCCAUGUCUGCGACCGCAUUCGAUGGACCACUGACAAACUUAUACACAGUGGAACUCGCAGGGUCAUGGGUCAACGCCAUGCUCUUCGCGUUUGAGGCCGUGCUGGCCUUUCGCUACCUGGCGCGCCAACGUCGGCCGCUGAUGCACCGGCUGGGUAUAGCCUUGAUGGUCUUCUUCGAUCUCAUAUGCACCAUGGCCAUCGAUGCGAGCGUGCUGAUGACAUUCCUCACGUUCUUCGGGAAAGCGAACUUCCGUGCGGUGACGGUGCCGACCACCAUCAUCAUUUCUGCGACGUAUGCAACGGCGGCUGUCGAGCAGUCGUUCCUCUGCAACCUUUACUUUGUUCUGUCUCGCAACAAAAUCUUAUCGUUGAUUGUUGUGCUUUCUGGUCUUCUCCAUUUUGGCUUUUCGUUCGCCUCAGCCAUCAUGCUCCAGCCGACAGUGACUGGCUUCCGUGAUAUUACCUACAAAAUCACCUCAAUUGGCGCUAUACUGUGCAGUGUGACGGACAUCCUCAUUGCUGGAUUACUGGGAUACGAGCUUAAUAAGAUCAGGAUCGUCAGCCUGAGCAGUGGAUCGCGGCAGAGCUCACAGUUGUUGAACUUGGCCCGCAAGGUCCUGAUGCUGAGUCUCGUCUCCGGGGCGGUCGUGGCCUCUACGACGCUGUUGAUGAUGAUUCUUUUCUUGAAGGGUCAUAUCGUCUUCAACUUCUUCUUUUUCUGUCAAGGCCGUAUCUACGCGCUGACGCUCCUGAUCAACUUCCUGUCCGGUCCCCGGUCAGCCUCGGCGAACGUGACCGUAGAACUGGAGAGCGUGAUGAACGGCCACCGCCACUCGGUCGGAGUCGCGACUCCCACCUUCGCACGCUAUUCUUAUAGCACCCCGAACGUGAAAGAUCUGCCGCCUGAGACGCCUGACCUCGAGAGCUCGCUGGCGGCCCCGCAGUCCAUUCCCAUCCCGCUCUGGGAGCUGGCCAGUGGGUCUGCGCAGUCGCUACCGCAUCAAGAUGGCGGUAGCACAUCUCCGCGCUUGCCACAACAUCAUUCAGCUACCUCGUAGCAGAUUUCUAUACUCUAUAGAGUAGGAGCGCGAAAAGGCGUUAGAUUCAGAACGUGUCCUUUCUAGGUACGCGAGCAAAAGUUUCACGUGAUCGUG